UAUGAAUUCAUUAAAAUAAGAAACAUAAGAAGUGCCUAUUAUAAAUGAAUAAGAAGAAGAUGAACCAUAGAUUAUAAAAUUAACUUAAAAAUAUUUACAUGAAUUGAAAAUAGAUUCAAAAUAGAUAUACAAUUAUAAAAAGAAUUUUGAAAAUGAAAAUGACCUUUUCAUGACUAAUUUGGAUUCAGCAUAAGUGGAAUAAUUUUAAGAUAAUAUAUAAACUCAAUUAGAAAAAGCAGAUUAAUGUGAUGGUUUUGAAUUAGUAAUAGAUUGUGAAACAUGUUAUGGAGAAAUUGGAUUGAAAGUAGUUGAUUCUUUAAAUGAUCUACAAGGAAAUAGUAAAACACCUAAAAUAGUAAUUUCUAUUCUUGAUCCAAAUAUGAAUACAAAAAAUAGAAUUAUAAAUAGGUAUAUAAUUUAAAUUUACUUAAUUUAGAUCAUUAACUUUAACACAAUAUUAAGAAAAUUCUACAUUAUUGGUUCCUUUAGAAUUGAAAGAAAUGUAAAUUCAUUCAAAACAAUUAGAACUUAAUUAAUAGUAUUCAUUUCUUAUCAAUAAUAUACUUUCAUCAUAUAAAUGUACUUAAGAGUAUGUGAGUAUGCAUGAAUUCUGUAAAAGAAUUACACCUGCUCCUUAAAAUAAUAUAUUUAAUAUUUUAGCUUCAAUUCCAUCACUUUAAGAUAAGCCAGAGAAUAACAUAUUGAAUUAUAAAUAAGCUAAGAAUUUGGAUAAGUUUUAUUUUUCAUAAGAUAUUAUAAAUAUGAAUUCAGAAAGAGAAUCAUAUGGAGAAUCAUAUUUUUUAAGAGGUAUUUCACCAUUUCCAAAUGAAAGAAAUCUAAAGUCAUAUGGUGUAGAUAUUAGAAUAUUGGAUUAUAUAUAUUAAGUUCCUUAAUUAUAUGAUUAUACUGAUGUAAUGCCAUUUCAUAGUAACAUUUUUAGUAAUGAAAGUUAUAAAUAUACUUUACUAAAAUUAUACAAAGAAUUAAAUAGUAUUAAGAAAAUGGGAUUUUUGUAAUAUGAAAAAUAAUCUUUUGAAGAUGAUUAAUAAUUAAAAUAUGAUUUAUGUUAAUUGAUAGAGAAUUAUGGUGGUAUUGAUGAAGAAGAAUAAUUAUGA